AUGCGUCCCUCGAUUUCUUCUGCGUCGAUUGCGUUCACGUCGAUCGCGGAGAGCAGUGACUUGUCCCAGUGCUCAGGAUUCACGACGAUUCCCGCGGGAAUCUUCAAAGAUCUGCCGGCUUUGGAGAAACUGAUGGUAGGCGGCGUCGAGAUUCGGACGCUUGAGGUCGGAGUCUUCGAUGACGUCGCCGGCUCGCUGCGUGCGCUGCACGUUCAGUUCUGCCCGGAGCUGACUUGGCUGCCUGCGGACCUGUUCAGGGGCCUCUCCGGCCUAACCUAUUUGAAGAUCCAGAACAUCCCGAAACUGCGUUCGAUUCCCGUUGGACUGUUCCAGGACACCACGGAAGUCACAGAAUUAGAUCUGAGUGGCAAUGGCCUGACCGCGCUGCAGCUUGGGACCUUCCAUGGGCUCACCAAAGUCGUCACAUUACCUCUUCAGUACAACUCGCUCACGACCCUUCCUGCCAGCAUCUUCGAGCCGCUGACAUCGCUCCAGAACAUGUGGUUGCAUGGUGACGGCAUGUUCAACAUGCAGUGCCUUCCUGACAGAACGGCUUCCUCCUCCACCGGUGAUGCGAACGACCGCUUGUUGACGACAGAGUGCACCCCUGCCAAGGCCGUCUUCUGCCCUAAGCAGACCAGUUGCUGCCCUGGGACUCGAGGCUACACUUGCGAAGCGAGGACGGCGCCUGGACCCACGCCCCACCGGAAGUCUAAACCAGGUGGAGAGACUUGCGGCGUUUUCACGGACAUCGAAGGAUUCGUCGGCAAGACCGCCAAGGGCACCGCCUGCUGCCCGGCGCCGCUGCUCCGUGCGUCAUCGAAGGGCCCAUCGGAAAGAAGACCACGACGAGGCCGAAGAAGCCCGUUACAGGUGGUCGCCAAUGCGGCAUCAACGCCCCCCCCGGCAUCGUGGGAGGCAACGACAGCGGCUCCGUCUGUUGCCCGGGCCCACCACAACGAAGGUCACGCCUAA